UGACACACACAGACUCGCACUAACACAUAGACAGACUCACACAGACUCACACUGACACAGACAUACACUGACACACACAGACUCGCACUAACACACACAUACAGACUCACACUGACACAAGUCUGCAUAGCGAGGGUUCAACCGCCACGGCUGCCUGAUCAGACAGAGCGCGAGCGACGAUGGCGGGGCGCCUCGUGGUGAAAUCCGUGGCGAGCGUGGAGCAGCACGAGGGCGUGGGGGCUCGCGUGCGGCGCGGCAUCGGCCGCCACGGGCUGCGCAACCUGGACCCAUUCCUGAUGAUGGACGAGUUCCGAACGACGCCAGGAUCGGCGGCCGGGUUUCCCGAUCACCCGCACCGCGGCUUCGAGACGGUGACGUACCUGCUCAGUGGUGCCUUUACCCACGAAGAUUUCUGCGGCCGCAAGGGCACGCUGCACGCCGGUGAUCUGCAGUGGAUGACGGCCGGGCGUGGCGUCGUGCACUCGGAGAUGCCGGUGAACGACGCGGGGCCAGCGCACGGCCUGCAGCUGUGGGUGAACCUGCGCGCGAGUGACAAGAUGGUGGAGCCCGCCUACCAGGAGCUGCGCGCCGCCGACAUCCCCAAGGCCACGCGCGACGGCGUCACCGUCAUCGUCGUGUCCGGGGAGGCGCUGGGCCAGAAGUCCAAGGUGUACACCCGCACGCCGACGAUGUACCUGGACUUCCGCUUGGCGCAGGGCGCCACGCACUCCCAGCCCGUGCCGCAGGGAUGGACCGGCAUGGUGUACACGCUGGCAGGCUCCGUGACCCUGGGCCCUGUGGGAGCGGAGCAGCGAGUGGAAGCGCAUCACACCGUGGUGCUGGGGGACGGAGACCACGUGAUCAUGCAGAACCAGGAUCGCGAGGAGGCUCACUUCGUGCUCGUGGCUGGGGAACCUCUUAAGGAGCCGAUCGUGCAGCACGGACCCUUUGUGAUGAACACGCAGGAGGAGAUUGAGGAGGCCAUCUCAGACUUCCGCAACGGAACCAACGGUUUCGAGCGAGCCAAGGGCUGGAAAUCCCAGAAUGGGAACCGUCAAUGAUGACAUCAUCGCGUACAGCACCAUCAUCGUCAUCAUCAUCAUUCCCAUGAUCAUCAUUGACACCAUCUCCAGCACCAUCAUCGCGUACAGCACCAUCAUCAUCAUCGUCAUCAUUCCCAUGAUCAUCAUUGACACCAUCUCCAGCACCAUCAUCGCGUACAGCACCUCAUCGUCAUCAUCAUUCCCAUGAUCAUCAUUGACACCAUCUCCAGCACCAUCAUCACGAUCGACACAAUGUAUGUUAAACUGUUACUUCAAUCUCUCUGUUUCUUCACUGUCACCUACUGAGUCAUCACCACCGUUAUCUUCACUUUCA